GUAGGCUCAGCAUUUGUAAUUAAGAAAGAAUUGAGUUGAAGUACAUUUUACAUUCAUUUCUCUUCCAGACAUAAGCAGAGAAAACCAAAAAUGCCAGCUCAAAAGCCCCCCGAGUUCAAGUUUCCCAUGCAUGACAUACACUUCAAGCAAACGUUUCGCAAUCUAAGAGUGGCCUGUACUUUGGCUUUAAUAGCUCCGCUGCUUUUGUACACUUUACACAACAAUCCGCGCAGAAGGAAGUACAGGAACUUUUACUCCAAAUACGAUCCGCUGGAUGCGUUCGAUCGCAUGAUGAGUGGAGGCUACCUAGCGUCCUGUCCGCCGGGUAGUGGACCCAAAAAGGAUGACAAGAAGGACAAGAAAAAGAAAUAGAACACCAUACAAGCACUCAUUUUAAACUUAAUAAUACUAACAUAAUGGCCCUUUAAUUCAUUUCUUGAUAUCAACUCAUUAAAUUAACCAAGUGAGCUCUUGACGACACACUUCCUAAAUGGAAACCUAAAUUAACAUGGAACUAGUUUACACAUUAUAUCAUGUACACAAUAAAUUGGAGCAUUGCAAACUAUUA